AUGCUUAAUCAAAUCAUGCCAAGAUCAGCCUUGUUAUCCCACUUGAUCCUCAUCAUCACGCAGUUCAAAUGGGCGUGGGAUUUCAUUCUCUUCCAAUCUUUCUUUCAGCCUCGCGGCCCCGAUCAAUUUUUAAGAGAAUAUGCCGACAUGAGCACGUACGAGAAGGGUGGCGAUCUCGAGGAGUCUGAAGAGUGUGCUGUUUGCUUGUGCCGAAUUGGACAAGGGGACGAUGUUCGGGAAUUGAGGUGCCAACAUUUGUUUCACGCUGUGUGCUUGGACCGGUGGCUCGGGUACGGGCACGCCACGUGUCCCUUGUGCCGGAGAAAUCUGAGGCAGCCAUGUCACCUCCACCAUGAGCUUAUAGUGAUCGACAUUUGCGCUGCAAGCUCCAGGGACGACCGCCAUGUGUGGUGGCUACGUUGA